UUAUCUGAGCGAUCAUCUCGGUAAUAAAUACAACUGCAACCACAAUAUCCAAUACAAGAGUGAUGUAUUGAAGUGAACCGGAUUCUUUAAACGUCUCCGGCGAAUUCAUUGCUGUAGAAGUCAGGCUGACUACGGCACACACUUGAACAAGACGCUGAAACCAGCGAGUUUUCACCCACCAAGUUCGAGAUAGCUCGUCCUCAUUCUCUUCAUCAUCUGUUCCUACAGAUUCUGCAUAAAGUGCUUGGCGAAGAGGCCAUAAAGUUUGCGACGAUGAAUGUUGAUCGGACUCGAUUACAACAGACUGUCCUCUUGCUUCCAUUUUGAAACGGAAAUGAGAUACAGUUUGUUUAUAAGGCAAAUAUUUCCGACCAUCAAGACGGAAUAUCCCGAAUUACUACGGAGUUCUCCGAUUGGAUCAGAGAUGGAUAUUAUCAUGAUUUCAGGUUUGAAAUCAAUGCUUUCGUUUCAGAUUAAAUAUCUCUCAUUAUCAGCUCAUUAUUUUAACCCAAAAUAUCGUUUUUAAGAGUGAAACGUACACGAAACAAAUUUCAGCGACAAAGUAUUGAUUUUCUGUUGUUGCAUUGCGAUUGCGUUGGGUUUACACGACAGGGUUGCACCACACGCAAGUUUGCUUACUCACGCAAUUUUUUUUUUAAGCUUUUCUCCUUCCGAGUUUGUGUAUUUCUACGUAAUACUCAGUCACGAGAGGAUAACAUCUUUUCAAAAUGUGGAGUUCUAAAGCAAAGCUAGCUCGAAUCAUUCCAACAAAGUCUGCUUCAGUUGCAAGAUUUUGUUUAAAUCGCUCUUUCUUGACUGGUGCAAGCGAUCGCAGCAAGUUUCUCUUCACUUCAGAGUCAGUUUGCCCGGGACAUGCAGAUAAAAUGUGUGAUCAGAUUUCUGAUGCGAUUUUAGAUGCUCAUUUGGAACAAGAUCCGAAGGCGAAAGUCGCUUGCGAAACUGCUUCAAAAACUGGCAUGAUUAUGGCUUUUGGCGAGAUUACAUCUGGAGCGAAGGUUGACUAUCAAAGUGUUAUCCGAAAUACCAUAAAGGAAAUUGGAUAUGAUGACUCUUCUAAAGGCUUCGAUUACAAAACAUGCAGCGUUUUGCUUUCCAUCGAAGAGCAAGUUGGGGAAAUCGCAAGAGUUGUGCACAUGGAUAAGAAGGAUUUGGACAUAGGCGCUGGAGAUCAGGGCUUGAUGUUCGGAUAUGCAACGAAUGAAACCGAGGAACUUAUGCCUUUAACAACUGUUCUAUCACACAAACUGGUGCAAAGACUAGUAGAGUGUCGCAGAGACGGAACUUUGCCUUGGCUCAGACCUGAUGGUAAGACACAGGUUACUGUGGAAUACAGUAUGAAAGAUGGUGCUUGCAUGCCUCAAAGAGUGCACACUGUUUUGAUUUCAAGUCAACAUGCACAUGGAAUGUCUGCAGAAGAAAUCCGGCAUUAUUUGAAAGAGAUAAUUGUCAAAAGUGUAAUCCCAGAAAAAUACCUUGAUGAGCAAACAGUCUAUCAUCUGUUACCUGCAGGGCAGUUUCUCUUCGGUGGUCCAAUGGCUGAUGGUGGCCUGACAGGGCGCAAAAUUAUUGUUGACACUUAUGGGGGGUGGGGAGCUCAUGGGGGUGGGGCAUUUUCAGGUAAAGAUGCAACAAAGGUGGACAGGUCAGGAAGUUAUGCCUGUAGGUGGAUUGCAAAGUCAUUGGUUGCAGCAAAGCUUUGUAAGCGUGCAUUAGUACAAGUAUCUUACUCAAUUGGUAUUCCAGAGCCUUUGUCAGUGUCUGUUUUUAGCUAUGGAAGUAGUGAAAUGUCAGAUGAUGAGCUUUUGCGAAUCAUCCAAAAGAAUUUUGAUCUAAGGCCAGGUGCAAUCAUUAGGGAUCUAGACCUGCGCAAACCCAUUUUCAAGGCAACAAGUGUUUAUGGUCAUUUUAAGCCAGGUUUCACUUGGGAAAUUCCAAAGAAAUUAGAGUUUUGAACUAGACCUUGAAAAAAAAAAUAGCAAAAUGUGAAGAAAAGAUGAUGAUAGUCAUAAGCAAAUUUGCAAACCAUUGGUUUGGGUCAAUAUAGUUUUAUCCAUUCACAAGACAUAUUUUUACCAGCAUUAUGUGAUUAUUGUUAAUAAUAGCAGAUCAUAAUCUUCUUCUGAGAGGAUGAAAGUUAAUUAGUGUAGUGUUAAGAACACAAUGUUUCCCUCAACCCUUUAACUCCCAGGAUCUAAUACUUAAUUCUCCCUUCUAGUUGCUACACAUUUAUUAGUAGAUUAGUUAUGAGAAUUUGGUGUUAGAUCAAGAUGACGGUGUCUACCUGAUAAGUCUUAGUAUUCUCUUUACCUUUUUGCUGGAAGAUGUAUCAAUAUUAUGGGGAGAAGUUACAUGUUAAUCACUUCUGGGAGUUAAAU